AGGAGUGUACCCAGCCAGAGGGUCGCUGUGUCAGCUACAAGGAUUUCUUCUUAAUCUGCUGUGCCUCCUCUCUGUGUGGUACACCAUGUUGCUGGCUGUGGAGAGGUAUGUGAAGUUCGCGUCGCCGCACGAACACACACUGACCUUCUCUCUGCUGAACCUCAACGUGGUGCUCUCUGGGGUUCUGGUGCUCCUCCUCAUAGAGGUCUCAGGACCCAUCUAUGGCUGGGCUGAGUAUGCUUUCGUUCAAGACUGCGGCGUGUGUGUGCUGGACCCCGUGUCGACGCACAUCCUGACGUACACGGUAAUACAGACGUCGUGUUACAUCAGCCUGCCAGCCCUCAUCACCGUGUGUGCCACUCUCUGUGUCCUACACCGCUGCUACACCCACCCCGCCCCCCUCACUCACGGCUCUCAGGUACUAAGGUCUGGUGGAGGUGUGAGUGUGUUGUGUGGUGCUAUGCUGUUGUCAGUGCUGCUGGUGCUGCCCUACCAUGUACUGUUGAUGCUGCAGGCAGCACAUGUCCACGUCCCUGCCUCUGCCAAGGUGUUAUCUUACUGGAUGAAGAUCACAUCGUUAUCUUGCGUAUAUCCCGUUAUACUGUUAUCUUCAAGACCCAAGGAGGUAUGGCCAGCUGUAGCAGCGACGGUACAGAAGAUAGGAGGGUGCGGUGUGGCUGGGUGUGUGCACCAGAGUGACGGUAGAGCGCACCUCACCAGCCUGGAGGUCAGUGCCAGGAACAACAGUGACACACAGGCACUGGACAAGACCAGGAGAUUCUCUCACUCUGCAGACACAACCUUCCUCUCCCUCUCACCACAACACUCUACUCUGCCACCCACGCCCGCACCCACGCCUGCACCCACGCCAGCACCCACGCCUGCAUUAGCUAGAGUGUGACGGGUGAAUGGCAAAAUAUAGCACUACACGCCUUUACUUUAUUUAUGUUUAACCAAAAAAAUAUCUUACAGUGUAAAAGUGAAAUUUCCUAAAAUGUUUGGAAAAAAAUAAAAAAAAGGUAAAAAUUUUAUCAUAAAUAUUUUUUUUAUUUCUAUAAAAUAUUAAAAUUUUACUCAACCUUUUAUCUUAAAUGGAAAUGAUUAACUUCGAAAAAUGCUAAAAUCUUGGAAAAAAAAAGCCUCUGGAGGUAAACAUAAUACCCAGUUUCAGGUGUAGGUACGAUAAGGCCCAAGAGAUUAGAAAUCAGUGAUGACGAUCGAGUGGUCUAGGAGGGGCCAAGAGCUGAGUCUCGACCUCUGCAAACACAACUCGGUGGAUCUGUGAUAGGUUAGGGAGACCUGUACCGGAGUUCUCUAGAACCCUUGACUGGUUUAUUUUGCACCAGAGGAGCAUUCCAGGACUCCUGACUGGUUUAUUUUGCACCAGACGAGCAUUCCAGGACUCCUGACUGGUUUAUUUUGCACCAGAGGAGCAUUCCAGGACUCCUGACUGGUUUAUUUUGUACCAGACGAGCAUUCCAGGACUCCUGACUGGUUUAUUUUGCACCAGACGAGCAUUCCAGGACUCCUGACUGGUUUAUUUUGCACCAGAGGAGCAUUCCAGGACUCCUGACUGGUUUAUUUUGCACCAGAGGAGCAUUCCAGGACUCCUGAUUGGUUUAUUUUGCACCAGAGGAGCAUUCCAGGACUCCUGACUGGUUUAUUUUGCACCAGAGGAGCAUUCCAGGACUCCUGAUUGGUUUAUUUUGCACCAGAGGAGCAUUCCAGGACUCCUGGCUGGUUUAUUUUGCACCACAGGAGCAUUCCAGGAUUCCUGACUGGUUUAUUUUGCACCAGAGGAGCAUUCCAGGACUCCUGGCUGGUUUAUUUUUCACCACAGGAGCAUUCCAGGAUUCCUGACUCGUUUAUUUUGCACCAGAGGAGCAUUCCAGGACUCCUGGCUGGUUUAUUUUGCACCACAGGAGCAUUCCAGGAUUCCUGACUGGUUUAUUUUGCACCAGAGGAGCAUUCCAGGACUCCUGGCUGGUUUAUUUUGCACCAGAGGAGCAUUCCAGGACUCCUGACUGGUUUAUUUUCCACCAGACGAGCAUUCCAGGACUCCUGACUGGUUUAUUUUCCACCAGACGAGCAUUCCAGGACUCCUGACUGGUUUAAUUUGCACCAGAGGAGCAUUCCAGGGCUCCCGACUGGUUUAUUUUGCACCAGAGGAGCAUUCCAGGACUCCUGACUGGUUUAUUUUGCACCAGAGGAGCAUUCCAGGACUCCUGACUUGUUUAUUUUACACCAGACGAGCAUUCCAGGGCUCCUGACUGGUUUAAUUUGCACUAGAGAAGCAUUCCAGGGCUCCUGACUGGUUUAAUUUGCACCAGAGGAGCAUUCCAGGACUCCUAACUGGUUUAUUUUGCACCAGAGGAGCAUUCCAGGACUCCUGACUGGUUUAUUUUGCACCAGACGAGCAUUCCAGGACUCCUGACUUGUUUAAUUUGCACCAGAGGAGCAUUCCAGGGCUCCUGACUGGUUUAAUUUGCACCAGAGGAGCAUUCCAGGACUCCUGACUGGUUUAUUUUGCACCAAAGAGCAUUCCAGGACUCCUGACUGGUUUAAUUUGCACCAGAGGAGCAUUCCAGGGCUCCUGACUGGUUUAGUUUGCACCAGAGGAGCAUUCCAGGACUCCUGACUGGUUUAAUUUGCACCAGAGGAGCAUUCCAGGGCUCCUGACUGGUUUAAUUUGCACCAGAGGAACAUUCCGGGACUCCUGACUGGUUUAUUUUGCACCAGAGGAGCAUUCCAGGACUCCUGACUGGUUUAUUUUGCACCAGAAGAGCAUUCCAGGACUCCUGACUGGUUUAAUUUGCACCAGAGGAGCAUUCUAGGGCUCCUGACCGGUUUAAUUUGCACCAGAGGAGCAUUCCAGGACUCCUGACUGGUUUAAUUUGCACCAGAGGAGCAUUCCAGGACUCCUGACUGGUUUAAUUUGCACCAGAGGAGCUCUCCAGAACUCCUGACUGGUUUAAUUUGCACCAGAGGAGCAUUCCAGGACUCCUGACUGGUUCAGUUUGUACCAGAGGAGCUCUUCAGGACUCCUGAUUGUAACCAAACUAGUCAUAGCGUCUUAAUGAGCCACAGAAUUAAAGGAAAUGUAGUUGAAGUAUACAAAUGGAAAACAUUUGAUCAAUUGAGAGAAUAUAAAAAAGUGUUGAAAAUAUCUAACCGAGACGGAACUCGCAGCAAUGGAUUCAAAAUGGACAAAUUCAGAUUUAGAAAGGUUAUGGAGAAGUGGUGGUUUGGUAAUAGAGUUGUAAAGAUUGAAAACAAGAAACUCCUAGGUAGUGUUAUUGAAGAAAUUUGAGUAGCUUAGGUUGGACGGGUACAUGAGUGGGUGUGGACAGGUAUGAGUUAGAUGUGCCUAGUAUGGCCCAAUGGGUCUACUGUAUAGCUCCACCAUUUUUAUUUUUUUCUCAAGUUUUGAGGAGAAUAAAAUAAUUAAGCUCUACAUCAGAGAGGACCUGUGUGGAUCAUUCCCAAUUUGUCUGGGCAUAAAUCAACCUUCCCAUAUAUGUAUCAGGUGCUACUGCAAUCACAACAUUUGCGUUCUUAAUGUUAGGCACGAAUCCUCAUUUUCAACACUAACUGGCACUGAUCUGCCAACAGCAAGUAAAGGCAGAUCGUCUGAUCGUAAAGCAGAACUUACCUUUCUUGCCUUUGGAAUCUCAACGCACGAAUCAUUUAAAUACUGACACAUUUCUCAGCAAAAUUUUCUGGGAAACAUCUGAGAAGAUAACAGCAUUAGUUCAGUCACUGGAAACCUGGUUGAUGUAAGGAUAGCGGCAUGUAACUUAAGGUUGAUUAAUGGGGUUCAAAGGUCAGUAAGACUGCACCAGACAGGAAUACUUUUAUUACUAAAGUAGGAAUUAUUUAUUAUUAUUAAAGAUUCGCCGGUAUUCUCCCGGCCCGGGCCUUUUCCAAGUGGUGGCCCGGCCUUGGCUCCCUCUUUAGGGAGUGUCUGAGACCUAAGUCUCCCAUGGGAGGAGGCACAAGUACCUCCUCAUCUUUGGGACCAACUGUCCCCAGGCCUAGCCACAAGCUAGGCCUCUCUGGUCUGCCAUCCCCGCCCCAAGGGGGCAAAUGGGAAUGACAGUCUUAUGAGCUAAAGGCUCGGGCUCAGGCACCUACCCUACCCUAGAAGGGUUAGGCAUGGUGUCGAUGAAAAGUAGGAAUUAAAGUAAUCUCAGCUUAUACAUUCUGAGAGAAAUACACCUACCAGUAUAUAGGAUAUAUGAAACUGGUUUCUUUUUUCUAAUUAUAUACAGUGCAUUUCUUUUAUAUGAAAUUUAGUUUAUAUACGUUAUAUUUGCUUAAACAGUAAUUUACUAGUCUGUUAUUGUUUGAAUUAAUUGUAUUUUUUACGCAGAUGUUUUGCAAAUACCAAAACCUUUGUUUACUGACACUACAGGAGUAACUAAAGAAGAAUAAAAUGAUAUACAUAUUAUCAAGUCUGAGUCAACUACAUGUAGUGAAGUGAUGCUCCUUCCCCCCCUGCCUCUGAUGAUCCCCCCCCCACACACUGUACACAGUGUACGUCAGGACCAUACUGGAGUACGCAGAACCAGUAUGGAGCACACCUGGCUAAGUACGUUUGCAACAAUACUAGUCCCGGAGCUAUGGGGUAUGUCCUACGACUAGAGGUUAAGGGAAAUCGACCUGACGACACUGGACGAUAGGAGAUAUAGGGAUGACAUGAUUACGACAUACAAAAUACUAAGAGAAACUGACGAGGUAGAUAGGGACGGAAUGUUUGAGAUGGGACACAGCAACAAGGGGACACGACUGAAAGUUGAAAACUAAGAUUUAUAAGGGUGUUAAGUAGCAUUUCUUCAGCCUCAGAGUGGUCAGAAAGUGAAACAAUCUGAAGAGUGACGUAGUAGAGGCAGGAUCCAUACAUAGCUUUAAGAAGAGGCACGAUAAGGUUCGUGUAGCGGGGAGUGUGGACCUAGUAGUGACCAGCGAAGAGGCGGGGCCAGGAGCUGUGAACCGACCCCUGCAACCACAUAUAGGUGAUUACACAUGGUUUCAGAGCUAAGGGGAAUGUCCUAUGAAGAAAGGUUAAGGGAAAUCGGUCUGACGGCACUGGAGGACAGGAAGGUCAGGGGAGACUUGAUAACGACAUACAAAAAUACUGCGUGGAAUAGAUAAGGUGGACAGACAGAAUGUUCCAGAGAUGGGACACAGAAACAAGGGGUCACAUUUGGAAGAUGAAGACUCAGAUGAGUCAAGGGGAUGUUAGGAAGUGUUUCUUCAGCCACAGAGUUGUUAGGAAGUGGAACAGUCUGGCAAGUGAUGUAGUGGAAGCAGGAACCAUACAUAGUUUUAAGACGAGGUAUGAUAAAGCUCAUGGAGCAGGGAGAGGGAGGACCCAGUAGCGGUCAGUGAACAGGCGGGGCCAGGAGGUGAGUCUCGACCCCUGCAACCACAAUUAGGUGAGUACACUGGGGUAAGUGGACAACUCACAGUGAUCAAUGUGACGCAUCUCUGGCUCUGACGUCAUCAUUUAUCACAACAAAAGGGAUUAGAGUUGCAUGACGCCACAACCAUCAGCGCCCCUGAUUGGUUAACAAUGUUAUGACGUCAUAACCCCCACAGCCCGUGACUGGUUAGCAUCGUUAUGACGUCAGAACCACAGGCGUCACAGACUUGUUAACUUCACUUGACUAAUAAACUUGUGUUAUAUGGCAACUUUAUUUUAUUAUUUUAUUGUGUAUCAGAAAAUUAUUGUAAUAAAAAUAUAUUUA